AUGGCUCCAUCUGCUACGACUACCUCCAAGACCAGUCCGGAGCAAGUCUCUCGCCAUCAACGCACCUACAAGCCCCCAGGUGGCUUGUGUGAGCCCGAUCCGCUCGAUCCAGACCGUGUUCCCUGCUCUAACCCCGUCGUCCUCGACGAUCGGCAGGGUAUCUCCCAUUUCUUUGGGCGAAACAAACGGGCCACUUCCACUAUCCCCACAUUCUGCUAUCCGUUGCAAUGCCGGACGCACUACCAAGAACGCAAGUACCGAAUGAAAGACAUGCCAGGUCAGGAAGCCGCUUACCAGUGCGACUGCAUCUCGAUCACGCUCAUGCGGAUGAGCAGACUAACCUGGACUGAUGACAUGGGGCUAGUUUGGCCACGAUGGUGUGGCUUCGAGCUGCAACUGUGCCACGCGAAGGAAGCUGGCAAGGAAAGCGGCAACGAGUCCGAGCACGGAAGCCCUUCAAUAGGCAAAGGCAAGCAGAAGAUCGAGGAGACCACAACUGCAACUCGGAAGCGUAAGCGCAGACCAGUUACCUCGGCCCCAGUCCCCGAUUGGCUCGUAGCCCUCUGCUCUUCCAAGCACGCCGAGCAUGAUUUUGCUCCGGUUGGCGAGCGCCGCGGCGGUCGCUACACCUAUGAUCAGCUAGCCAGCAUCGUGCGGUCCAUGAAAAGCUGGUGUAUCAACAACGAUGCGCGCCUGCCUGCGGUAGAGGCACUGCCAGUCACACCUGGAUUACUGGCAGAGGCGGAGGCGAAUGCUGCAAAGAAUCGAAUACAGCCCAUUCAGCGUCUGUUCAACUUGGCCGAGAAGCAGAUUCAAGAUGCGAAAGUGAGGGGCAAAAAGAGCACAAAGGGGCUGGAGGAAAUCGAAGACGAGAGAAGUGCGGAGCUGAACGACGCUAAGGAGUCGUACCGACUUGCGCUUGCUGAUUUGGAGGGCGUGAAGGAUACGCUGCCAGUCCGACGGAAGCCAAAGAAGCGAACGACCAAGGCUGAGGAUAUCAAGAACGAGAUCGAGUCCGAGGCUGAGGCUAUCGACAAGCCACCGGCGGCAGUGGUGAAGAGCAAUCGGGGGACUGAUCUGGAGGAGGCGAAGGGCAGAUUGAGGCGUGGGCGCAAGGCGAGAGCUGUCGCCUCCGACACAGACAUGGAAGGGUGA